AUGCAAGACUUGGAAGACGAUAAUUGUGGGGCCCAUUUACUUAAAAACUUUUCCGGUACGAUUGCCUCUACGGGACAGACUUCGAUAUGUUCACAACAAGAUCCUAAACGAGAUUUUAAUAAUUCAAGACGGUGUAGAUCACCAAUAUAUAAAAUAGAAUCACAACAAUUAAAACAAUGGGAAAGAGAAUCGAUGCAUAAUAUUAAAAAUAAAACUAAAACACAGCAACAAUCGAGAAAUUUGAAUAAUAAAAGAGAGAGAAAUAUCUUUGAACCUUCUUUAAACACCCCAACAGAUUCUGAUGUAGUUUACGAAUAUGUAGAUUGGAAUAAUUUUGGAGGAGAGAAUUUUGUUGAUGAUAAAAAUAAAAAAUAUAAUCUAGAUGAAGGUAAUAGACAUUAUGAUCCUGUGCCUUUAGCUCCAGAAAAUACAACAUUCUCUAUUGGAAAACCCUUCCUAUUUAAUUCUGAUAAUGAAUAUCUACAACCCAAAUCAUUAACAAUUGAUACAUCCACAAUCUCAACGAGGGCAGGUGGGAGAACAACAACAGAUUUAUUUUUGACAGAUAAUGAUCUGAUAAAAACAAGUCCCCCUCAACUUUUGAGCAGAAUAUCAAAACAAAACCAGUUCGGAAAUACCAGCAACUUUAAUGUUGACAAACCAGAAUUAGUUAAAACACAAAAACCAUCACAAUUUAUUAAAGAAUUUAAGGAAAGUGAAAAACGUUUUGCUAAGAUACCAAAAGUAACCUUUUCAACACCUCUUCAACAAAAUGGGUUGCCAAAACCUUUUACCCGUUCCCGCUCUUCUCAUCGUUUAUAUUCCCCUUCACAAGCUUCAAUACUUACAGACGUUAAACCUAUAGUUGAUGAUCAGAGGAUUGGAUGGCCUUCAAAUGGAAUUAAACGUAUCCCUUCAGAAAUGGAUAGGUCAAUAGGUUCAAGUCGAGUUGAUUCUUUUCUUUUUUCAUCAACAAUUAAAGAAGGCAAUCAACAAAAAUUAAAUGGUUCAUUACAACGAAGAAAAGAAGAAUGGACGGAUGUUUAA